AUGGUACAUCUAUCUACGAAAAAUGUGAAGCCACGAGAUAUUUUGACAUCGCUGAAGAAGCAGAAUCCGGACAACGUGUCUACCAUUAAGACUGUAUAUAAUGCAUGCCAGAAAUUUCAAACUGUAGAGAAAGCCGAUAAAACCCAAAUGCAAGUUGUCAUGUCAUUCCUACAAUGUGAAGGAUACAAUUUCGAGAGUCGAACAAAUGUUGUAACCAAUGAGCUUGAAGAUUUAUUCUUCGCACAUCCAGGAUCAUUAGAGCGAUGGCGUGCAUUCCCGCACAUGUUAUUGAUAGACGCAACGUAUAAAACAAACAGGUACAGGAUGCCUCUUCUUGAGAUUGUCGGCGUGACUGCAACUAAUAUGACAUUUUGCAUAGCAUUCGUGUUCCUCCACUCAGUAAAAAUGUUCAAUUAUACUUGGGCUUUAAGAGAGUUGGCCUUGAUGAAUGCAUCUGCCCAGGUGUGCAAUUUGGCGGACCUUGAGGUAGUGUUACAAAACUUUCCAGGUAUUAUUAAUUAUCUUAAGGAUGUAUGGUUGAUACCGUAUAAGGAGAUGUUUAUAUCCGCAUGGACCGACAAAUAUAUGCAUUUUGGAAACCAAACAACUAAUAGAGUCGAGUGUCAGCAUGCUAAGUUGAAACGAUGCUUGGAGUCAUCACAUUCAGAUUUGGUGACAUCAUUGUCGUUUAUUCAUCAAGUCAUCCAAUCACAGGACAUAGCAAUCAAAGCGAGUAUUGAGCAGAGCAAAACUAUCGUCCAACAUCAAUUCAAUAUACCACACUUCCAGGAAUUAUGUGGUUUCAUUUCACUCCACGCAUUGCAUAUGAUUUUGAAGGAAUUUGAGCGAUCUAAGAAUGCCGGAGAAGUUUCCUACAAAUGCGGAAGUCAACUUCGUAUGAGCUAUGGACUGCCAUACGAUGACAUCGAUUGUGACGUCGAUCUGCAAGUGUUCACGAGACAGUUUAAGCAGCAACCAAGGCAUGGUAAAUUCAGUUUUUUAAGGAAGUUGAGGGAGAUAAUCACACCAUCAACAACUUUAAUUCGUGAACCUGUUGUUAAGACAAACACUUGUAGACGCCCCUCCUCGAAGAAAAAAUUUGCAUCAAAUACUCGUGCUAAUCCGUCUGCAUUAGUUUUCGUUGAGACUGAUUCCCCUCAUUUUCGGGAACUAAGCAGACACAGUUAUUCGUUUGGAGGCCCCGACUCGAAGAGCGGGGAAGACAUAUUCACUCGUGCUAAUACGACUACAUUUGAGUUUGUUGAGCCAGAUAUUUUCCAAUUUCAGGAACUAGCGAGACAAGGUUGCUCCUCUACUUACAACUACUCUGUAGAUGCCUAUGUUCAUCAGUUUCCACCUAUACUUCAUCCUUACAUUAUGCAUGUACAAGACAUAAAACCUGAUGAAAAUUGUGGCUUUCGGGCGAUAGCUAACCGUUUUGGUCUUCAUGAAGAUGCAUGGGCAACUAUCCGAUAUAACUUAAUAGAAGAUGAUGACCAAUGGACUCGUGUUUACAACUCACUGAACUUCUUUGCAUUAGAUGGAGCAGCACCGAUUAAGCAUUGGAUGACUAUGCCAAACAUGGGUCUCUUGAUUGCUUCAAAGUUCAAUUUAUCUGGUCCCCUACCAGUAGCUAUCCCUCUGGCCGCCUCUACAAAUAUAGAUAUAUUUCCGUUCAACCGUCGUUUCCGUUCCCCUGGCCGAAAGUUUUUGAACUUUUGUGUGGAAAUUCUUGUUGAUAUAAUGUUGCGUCCAAGUGCAUGGAUGUUUAUAAUUUCAGACUAUGGUACACUGCAUUUGUAUCAUUGGUUUGUUCUUGUUAUUAAAAUGUCAGAGAUUAGUGGAUUCGGGAGGGAACACAAAUUAUUGUUACAAUAUGAUCGUGAUGACACUUACAAUAGUAAGAAAACCUCCACAAGGUUAAUUGGCACAAGAAAACGAGAUUGUCCAUUCAGAGUGAAAAUGAUGAAAUUGAAGACAGCUGAUGAUUAG